GGGCGCGUCUGUGCGUGGUUGCGAAUUCAGGAACAAGUCGAGUGGAUCGCGGAUGAUCCAGCUGUACCUGGAUCGCGACAUGUGCGCUCGUAAAUGGCAUCGCCGUGCGAGAUCGUGGAAUCCUUGUGUUCGUGCUGAACGACAGCUAUCCGAAGGCGUAAACGCGUAACAUACAAACGCGCGUUAAGAACCGCGAAGGCGUGUAGCCGCGAUCCCAGGUCACCGAGCACUCGCUUCGAUGUUGGCGUCGAGGAUCGAUCGUUUCCAAGCCGCGCCACGAAAAGUGAUCUCGUGAAAAUGUUCCGAGUGUCGAUAACGUAAUCAGUUGAGAUCGUAGACUCGUAAUUUUCUACGAGUGCGGAUGUUGUUCGAGUCAUGGGAACUGGUUCGCGGUUGUCUCGAAUCGGUUGAUCGAGUGCCAGCAUCGAGAACGACGUCAGUGCGGCGGCUUACUUCCGGCCCUCGGCGGCGCUGAAACGUUACCACAAUCGAACGAACGAUUUUUUUUCUAAUCCUUUCGACGAGUCCCCGAGUACUUUGGAGACGUUUCCAAAAUCGAAGCGAUUUCGAUGAAAUCCCUCGUAAUUUUGCCAUGUACUUCGACAAAGAGUACGCAGCGUGAUUGAGGUUUGCGCGAUUGCUGCAGCGGUUCGACGGUCUCUUUAACGGAUUUUAACGACAGUGUUAAUCGGAUAAUCGGUGAUCGAGAUGGUGCGCCUUCUACACCCGUCUCGCAGGAACGAAGAAGCCACGAAGAUGAGGGAUGCUGUUCCGCAGAAGGGAAGUAACAACAACAACAAUAACAACAACAACGUGACCACCCUAAAAGGCAAGCCAUCGUUGGAAAUUUAUCGGCCCCCAGGUGGCAGAACGGAAGGAACCACGGCGAACGUCACCAAUUUGCGAUUAAACGUACACGCCAAGGAGUUCACUAUGAAGCAGAACGAUUCGCACCCUUCUAAGUCUCGGACGAAUGCUUCAGAGCGAUCUCCGUAUUAUUUGCAGCACAGCAAAUCGAGCGGCAACGUGCAUCGAUAUCUGUACGCCCAGCAACAGCAACAGAUACAACACACCCUCCAGCAGCAACAUCACCAAACGUCCCGUCAUUCACAAAGCGGACAUCACACGACCACUUCCGCCCUGCGGCAGACGCACCCGCUCGACACUUCCGCGUCGAGUGGCAAUAUUUCGCACGGCUCGGGCAGGGUCCACUUCAACAUGGAUCAGAACGAAGUGAAACCGAACCCAGCGAAACCCGGCAGGCUCACUAAAUCGUUAUCCUUCGUUUCCACUUAUAGUCUGAAGCGAUCGAAGAGCCUAAACGCGGCUGACGUGUUGGCUGCGAAGGCGGUGAACAUCUCGGACGCAUCCGAGCUGGGAAGAUUCCCAGGGGCGGUUCAAGAUACGCUCUUGAGAGCCAUCGAAGAUCCGAAUCUGUUGAAUGCGAGAACUUUGAUGGAGCUGGUGAGACACAUCCUGGAGAGGGUCGUGGAGAACCGGAAAUACGCUGAACCUGCGGCGAAAAUAUGCAUCACCAUUAUAGAGAAAGAAGCCAAAGAAACCUUCCUGGAAUCCUUGUUGAACACGUGCCAGCAGUGGUACCAGGAUCGCGUCAAGAUACUUUACGACGGGUCCAGUUAUCAUCGUUACUCGGCCUUCAUGACGUUUCUGAACGAGAUGUACUGUCAGUUAAAGCGGAGGCAGCUCCAGUUGAAGACGCAACAGGAGGGCGUUCCUCCCGGACGCGUUCUCCUCACGUUGCUCUGGAAGUGCUGUCAGGACUGUUUGCAGCCUCCGGUAGUAAAUUCUCUGGCAGAGACCGACUGUCUCUUCUUCAUAAUGACGUGCAUCGGCAAGGACCUGGACACCGAGCUGCCCGCCCAGUUGCAGCAGUUGCUGGGAAGCUUGAGGGACGCAUUCCUCGCCGAGGACACGAUACUACCGUCGGUCAGAAAGACUCUCCUGCAGCUGAUCGAACUUCACGCCGCUCAUUGGCAGCUUCCAGCUCCUGCGGUCGUCUACUACUACCCGGGAUCGACCUCGAAAUGAUUCGCCAACCUUUCGGUUCCUCCGUCCAUUCGUCGGUUCUGUGCGCGUGUCUGGUACGCGUCGAUUUAAGUGAACGCAAAGCAAAUUGACAGGGAUUCUUUGUACUCGAGAAUGCGCUGAGCGCGGAUCAUGCGAACGAUAACGAAACGAUCGCCGCGAGCAACGACUGGGCGAAAUGAGUUUGCUCGAAGGUGACGGAUAGCCCGAGGCGAUCGGAUCCUUUACAUAGAACGUAAUUUUAGAAUACUUAUUUUUUUUAACCGUUCGACGGACAUUCUAGAGCACGGACGUUGGAGGAGCACAGGGAAGGAGCGUGGAUCUAAAAUUUGUCUCGUUCAAAGCGUAUAUUCUAUUUCGAUUUAUCGAACUGAUGCUUGGAAUUUCGUGACUGGGUUGCCUUGUGUUCGUAAGUAGGCUCUUCUGGUCGAAUUUCUGCUAAAAAUGACUGGCCGAAGAUACUUAAUAGUCCAUAGUUUCGCGUGUAAUGACUGACCAAACACCAUCAAUGUCCGAAAGUUUGUUUGCACUCAUCCGCGAUUGGCUAGCGUUCUUAACAUCUCACGGUUUGUUUUUUGGCCGACCUAUUCCUACGAUCCGAAAUCCCACAAUCCGAUUCUCGCUUUUUUUUUUUAGCGGGUUAUUCGCGCGUUUACACGGUGCCUGUAAAAAAACUUUCCCGUAGACCCAAUAAACGCGGCAUCGUUUCGUUCGCAUGAUCUCACGUCCGCUACCGUCGUCGAUCGAGCGAGUCCCCGAUUCGCGAUAAAUUGCCUCCGAAAUCGCGGCGAGAAACCUUUUGCGAAACCUUUGUUCGACCGUUGCGGUUCGACGAUGCGUCAGCUUGUAAAACGCGAGCGAACCCGUCGUUACCGCGAAGAAUGGUUGUUCCUCGUCAUUGUGCGAUUGUUCGAAACAAAAAAAAUUGAUUUACUGGCGAUCGAUGAUGCGAAGAAUGGCGCAAGACUCGCGGUCGAUCUUGAAUCCGCUUUGUCUUCGUUAACAUGAGUAAUACGUAGCGAUGGGACCGAUACGAUUAGGUUGAGAUUAUGCUCGAGCAAUUAGAUAUCGAAGUACUUAAUAAAAUGUAACGAAAGGCAUCGAAGUCUCAGGUAUUCGAUAUUAAUUUUUUAUACUGACGCUUUCGUAACUGUCCGUACCAACGAAUGACUAAGAAGGUUAUAUCCUGUAAAAAGUGCAAAUUUCGAUACUUGCACGUUGGAGCGUAUCGCACGAAACGAAACUCGUACGAGCAUGUGACCCAUUUCACCUCCUCUUUGUGUCCCCGAUACAUACUCCGUAUAUAGAACGCAAAGCACAAGUGGGUUAACGUUACUUUCGAGGAAGCGUUAAACGUGUACUUCCACAGAAACACGAAAUAGUCAACGAUUUUGUUCCAUACCAGAUGACAAUUUACACAACUGGUACCGAUGAUACCAAUUACGUAUCGUUCCAAUCGCUAGGUAUCGCGCGUUGAAGUAUACUCGGUGACGUAUACCCGUUAAUUCGGGAAUCGGUAUGCGUUCUCGAAUUAGAAAUUAUUUCGUUAGUAAGUCAAUAGGUUAGGAAAUCGGGACAUUCGGAACCGGUUCGAUGUCUGCUUGGCCCCCCGAAUAUAUCGUGUCUCGACGAAGAAUAUACACGGAGAGUAUUCACCUCUCGACGAGGAUCGCAGGUUCACGGUUAAAGGCAUGCAUCGACGAUUGUACGUGUGUGACGGAAUGACGAAUUACGAGCGAAUCUCUUCUUCUUUCGAGGUCGAAGAUCCGUCGCGAUUUUUCGUUUGAGAUGCUCUCGAUGCGAGGUAAAUAAUUUCGAAAUUAUUCAUCGUCCGCGAGGUUGUCUUCGCGAUGGAUCCUUUCGACCCGAGAGAAGAAGAAUACGUUCUUGACCCUUUCGACCCUGGUCGCAUAUAUGUCCCGGUAUAGAAUACAAACGGAAAAAAGUCUGUUCGAAAGAGCUAAAAGAACACACGCAGAAUUACGGAGGAAAUUACGGAGGAAAUUACGGAGGAUCGAAGAACGCGAGAAGUCGUUGGGAGCCUCGAUAGAGUCUACCUCGAAUUUUCCACGGCUUUUUCCGCUGACGCUACAGCGCGAAACUACGAAGUAUCGAAAUAAAAUGAAAAAUAAAUAAAAGAGAAAAAAAAAAGAUGAUGAAAUAAAAUCGAAUCGAAUGAGAGCACGAGUGAGACUACUUGUGGAACGACGAACGCCGAAAGAGUAAACGACCCUUACGCGGAACGAACCGAAUACUUGCGACGAUCCGUUUAUGUUCCUCUCUUCUUCGUGAAUGCAACCGACGAGCAAAGUCGACAUCGCCUCGCUGUACCUUCCGGCGUGGCCUCGGUGCGUUGAACUCGAAUACGAGGAUACUCCUCCUUCGAAUGUCCUCCGCGCGAUAUUCGUGUAGCGGAUGUGAAUACGACUCGAAUCGAAAAAAUACAGGUGCAAGAAUUUUGUUUUAA